CUGACAGUUAUUCCGUUGUGAUUUCUCUCGAGUUGGAAGCAUUGUGUAAAAUUUUCCCCGGUUACACGCGCGCUUGUGCCAAGUAUUAAUUUAUUUUUGUUGGUUUCUAUGAAAGCCUUAAUUUGGAGAAGAUGGACCAAGAGGAGCGACGAAGAAAACUAGAAGCAGGAAGAGCGAAGCUUGCGCACUACAGACAGCAGCGAGCAAAGGAAAAUGGUGCGAACGCGAUGAAAAAGACCUCAAAGAAGAAGAAUCAGACUGUCCAGGGGAACGACCAUUCAGCACAAGAGGAGUCUCAACUCGAGCAUGCUCAUGGCCUGGACUGCAAAGAUGACCUUCUCCCCGAGGAGUCGGCUCAGCCUUACGACGCUGCUGAUCCAGAUGAGAUGAACAGAACGGAUUCGCAGGGACAGUGCUCAUUUCCUGUGGACGGAGCUGAGGAAGAUCAGCCCGAACAGCAAGAAGACCUUUUAGGAGAAUUUGUAGUCUCGCACACGAGCAAAGAACAGCUGAAGCGGUUACAGGCAGCAGUGGAGAAGCGGAACGAAAUCAUUUCACAGCUCAGCGUCAACCUGCAGGCGGCGCUGACGAGCCGAGACCAAGUGCAACUGGAAGCGCAGCAGCUGGCGAGUCAGAUACAGGAGCUGCAGCAGCAACUACAGCAGGCUAAAAAGUAUCUGCGCAGUAAAAGCGUAGGAUGGCUGGAUCUAAUUCCACCCCAGCAACCCCCCAGGCAGCUAAAGACAUUUCAGGAUUCUCUGCAGAAAAGUUAUGAACAGGCGGCCCUCCUGUCUCAGAAGGAAACGGAGAUCACGGUCCUUCAACAGAAGCUCACGAUCAUGGAGGAUUCCCUCACUCGACUUCAGAGCAUUUUCACGCCAGAUAACAUGGUCCAGAUCGAAUCAGACUUAUCCCAAAAUGGUGCAGCGCCAUGUGGGAUUAACGCCAUCCCAGAGAACAACCUCGAUUCGAGCGCUGAUCUGAUUCAGACGUUAAAACGCGAGCUGGAAGAAGAGCGUCAGAACAGCCAGCGUGCGCAAGAACGUGCCAAGAACCUGCAGGAGAUGGUUGUGAGAUUCGAGAACGAGAAGGUCGAGAUGGAGGCCUGCUUGCGAUCAGUCCAGGAUGACCUCGAGCGUGCGGAGAAACAGGCGCAUCAGGAUAAAGCCGAGAAAGAGAGACUCAACCAAGACGUGUCGCGUCUAGACGCGCUGGUGCGAGAACUUCAGGACCGGCUCCGGGAAGAGGAAGAGACGUCUAAGCACCUCCGGUCCAAAUACGAAGCCGAAAUCGCCAACUGUGAGCUGCGUCUCCAGACCCUGGAGGAAGAGAGGAUGUUAAAUGUGGCGCAGUUAAGUGACGUGCAUGAAGCUGCGCUCAGACACCUGAAAGAGGAGCACUCCGAGGAAGUCAGGCGAAUUCAGGAAAUGCUGGACCAAGCCCAAGAACGUAACAUCCAAACGGCAUCUACAACCGUUACCUGGAUCCAAACCUCUGAAGAACACCACACUCAAGAAACGGUGAGCGAAGGAUCUUCUGAAGUCGUUCUAGGUACAAAUGUCUCAGUUAGCAAUGACCUCAUGAUGGAAAGGUAUCUGGCGUCUGCUGUGCAGCACGAAAGCUCGUGGCUGGAUCAAAGUCUGGAGGAGAACAGCAUCAUGGAAAACUCGACUGUCUCCAAGUUGGAGUAUGAAGACGAGUCAAGAUUUUUGAUUCACUUUGAUUCUGGUGCUCAUACCACAAACCCAGAAGAUCAACCGUCCGAGUUGGAUGGUUUGUCCUUCACCCAGGCUCCAUCGCAGAGCUGCAAUUCGACCUCGAAUGAGCUGAAUGAGAGCAUGGAUCUGGGCAAGGAGCUUCUGAUCCAGCAGUGUAGCGAGCUCACCGAGCAGCUGGAGGAGAAGGAGAAACAUCUGGAAAUCCUUCAGGAAGAAGUACGGCGCUCCGUGGAAGAGUUGGAAGAGGCACGAGAACGUUGGAGUAAAGCGUCGGAGGAGCUUGAGGAGGCGAAGUGGGAGCUGGAGACGGAACGCGACAAGAGGCUUCACUGCGAAGAGCUUCUCAACGAGAAGAUCCACGAACAGGACAACCUGAAGAACAAGCUUAGCUACCUGGAGAGCCAGAAAGAAAGGGAGCAGCAAACCUCCAAAGUGGAACUUGACGAUGCAAACUCUUCCACAGCGGAGAUCCUGAAGAAGCUCAAGGAGGACAAAGUCAAGCUUGUUCUCCAGCUUAAACACCAAGAGCAGCUGGUCCGAGACAUUCAAGAGCAGAAGACAGCCGGAGACUCUGUGAGCUGUGAAGUCCAGGCCCUGUUCGGGCGACAGCUCUCCUCCCUACAGGCUCAGAGGGACGAGCUUAUGGCCCAGCUGGAGAACCAGAGGGAAAAGAACCAAACCGUGUCAGUGCUGCUCGGACAAAAGACCCUGGAGGUGGACUCUGCCAACAGGAAGAUUGAGCAGCUCCGAGCCGAGGUGGAGGAGAGAGUGGAGGACGUGCAGAGGCUUGAGAAGGUCCGAGUGGACAUGGAGUCCAAGCUGACGUGUCUUAAAGAGAAUCUGAGUAACAUCGAGGAGGCGUUGCGUCAGGGUUCUGCAGAGAAGGCUGCUUUGGAGAAGCGACUCCAGGCGCUGGACGAGCAGAACAAGAGCAUGGCGAAGGUUCUGGAAACGGAACUAGAGAACUUUGAGCUCCAGCUUCAAGCCAAAGAUGUGAAUCUGGAGAAGAUGAAGGAAGCCAGAGAGAAGGCGGAAGAGGAGCUCAUGGAAAAGGAGAAUGCUUUGCAGAAAGAGCUGAGGGAACACCAAGAGGAGAAGAAAAGACUUGAGGAGAAACAUCAGCAGGAGGUGCUGGAUUGGAGUUUGCGCUUGGAGAAGGAACUCUCAGUUCUGCGCUCGAACCUGGAAGAGGAGCAGAAGAAACAGAUCACCCUCAUCAAACAGGUGCACGAGCGCGAGCACCAGAGAGAGAUGGCCGAGCAGGAGUCUCAGCGGCUCCAGGAACUUGACCGUCUCAGGGCUGAGCUCUCUGAGGAGCUGAGAGACAGCAUGGAGGCUGCACACCAGGCAGAGCUCUCGCAAGCCCAGGCGCAGCACGCUCUGGAGCUGGAGGCUCUUCGUCUGAGCCUGACCAACCUGCAUACGGCGCAACUGGAGCUCACGCAGUCCAACCUGCAGAAGGAGAAGGAGGCGGCGCUGAGCGAGCUUCAGGCCAGCCUGAGGGAGAAGUGGGCUCAGGAGAGCGCCAUGCUGCAGACGAGACAGCAGUUCGAGCUCGAGAGGCUCAGAGAGCAGAGCAGGGAACAGGAGAGACGGGCCGAGCUUCACCUCCAGCUGGCCAUCGACGAUCUGAACUGUGUGUGGGAGAAGCGCAUAUCAGAAGAACGGAUCUCCUUGGAACAACAGCAGGCCGCUAGACUAGAGGAUGCCAAGGCUCAAUGGUUACAAGGCAACAAAAAAGAGGAGACGGAACUUCAAGCAGCCCUGAAGAGAGCUGAGGAAAGCUUGGCCGAGACGCAACGCAAGCUCGAGCAGCUUGAGCGAUCUAAAGCAGAUGAAAUCGGGCAUCUUGAGUCGGAGUUGAGUCAGGCGUGGGCUGACCGAGACUCUGCUGCUCGCGCUGUUGAAGAACUGGUUGCUAGUCACAAGGUGGUGCUACAGGAACAGCAAGCUCGCACACAAGAGCUGGAAGAACAAGAGAAACAGCUGAAGGGAGAGGUGGAUCGUCUGCUCGCAGAACAAGAUGCGCAGAAGACCAGCUCCGAGCAGGAAAUCGCUAACCUCUGGUCUCAGCUGGAGAGCAUGAGGACCAGCAGGCAGGAGCUGGGAGAGUUGAAGGAGCAGUUGCUGGCACGGACGUCACGCGUUGAUGACAUUGAGCGUCUAAAGCAGGACUUCUCGCAGCAGCGGCGAGAGCUCCAGGAGCAGAACGAGGCGGAGCUAGAGAACCUGCGCGUGUACUUUGAGCAGCGGCUUCGAGCCAGCGAGGAGAACCACCGCGAGGAAAUCGCCCUGCUGCAGGUGCGCCUUGUAGAGGGCGCUCUGGAGGACUCGGCCCUCAAGCCAGGAGAUGCAAGCUUUCUGUCUGAUGGGAAGCCUGAGGAGGACGGGGUCGACUCCUUGGCAGAGAUUACGGAGCAGCUGGAGAAACACAAGCUGGAGCUGGACACACUGCGCCUGCAGCUCGAGGAGAAGCACAAGCUGGACCUGGAACAUCUGCGCUGUAGCAUGGCUCUGUCCUAUAGAGAGGAGUUACUGCAGGCUCGUUCAGAGCUCACUGACCGCUACUACAGCGACAUGGAGCAGCUCAAAACCAGACACGCUCUGGAGAUCGAGCAGCUGCGGGCCAAGCUAUCAGACAGCCACCUCAAAGAGAUAACAAAACUGCGUCUGCAGUCCGUUUCGGAUGUGGCACGUCAGGUGGAAGUGGAGCUCGAGGAGAAGACCCGGCUCCAGACUCAGGAACACCAAGUCCGGCUCGCUCAGCUUGCCUCCGACACGGAGCGCAUACUAAGCCUGGAGAAGGAGUUAGCGGAGCUCGCCCUGCAGCAUGCCCGAGCCCUGGAGAGGACCACCGAGCAGCACACAGACGAGCUCAGAGAGCUGGAGGACAGGCUUAAGAAAAACUUUGCAGAGGAACUCCGUACACGCCUUGAAGAGGUGGGGCAGGAGGAGCGGGCCCGCGUGACUGAGGAGCUCUCCCACCGCAGAAGUGAGGAGCAGCUCCAGCUUGGGGAGCAGCUUCAAGCUCAGGCUGAGGAGCGUCUGGCUUCCCUAAGGGAGGACCUCCAAAAAGCUGCUAAUGAGGAGGGAAAGGAGAUGGAGAAGAAGCUUGCGGAGGCUGAGGAGCUCCAAAAAGCUGCUAAUGAGGAGAGAAAGGAGAUGGAGAAGAAGCUUGCGGAGGCUGAGGAGCUCCUGGCUGUAGAAAGGCAGAGGCUGCAUGCCUUACAGGCUAGUUUGGAGAGUGAGGAGAGCCCUCAGGUUGUGGCCCUGAAGCAGAGGCUCGAGGCCCAGUACGCGAGCGAGCUGCGCACUGCCAAGAGCACCAUGGCGGCUGAAGUGAAGGAGCUGAACACUUUGCUCAGGGAGCAGACCGAGAGCAGGCUGCAGGAGGCCACGUGCAGGCAUCAGGAGGAACAGAGGCAGCUUGCAGAGAAACUCAGCCAGCAGAGAGAAGAGGAGCUUCAGAAACAAAAGCAACAACAUGCUCAGGAGCUGCAGGCCCAGACAGCUCUUCUGGAGCAGAACCUUUCAGAAUUUCAAAAUCUUCAGAAAGAGUACCAGGAACUCAAAACCCAACACCAGAAUGAGCUGGACAUGCUCUCUCUCAAUCACAAGGCAGCGCUGGAUUCGCUCGCUGAGAAGCACAAGGCGGAGCUCGACAAGCUCCAGGUGGUCCUUCAGGAGACUAACGUAGCGCAGCUCGAGGCUCAGGAGGCGGAGCUCAUGGCGCGUCACAAGCAGGAAAUGGAGGAGCUCGAGACCAGAAUGCUGUGCAACAUGGACACACUGGAGAGCACCUACCUGAAGGAGAUCCAGGCCGUGCGAGAAGAGAAAGAGGACGCGCUGCGGGAGCUCGGGGCCUCACUGGAGCAACAGCAGGCUAAAGAGAUCGAGAGAGUGAAGCAAGAGGAGCUGACGAUCAGAGAACAGCUGAGAGAGGAGCUGGCGCGGGUCCACGUGGACAAGUUCAGUGCCAUGGCGACGGAACUCAGCCACGCCCAUCAGGGCGAGCUGUCCGCGGCUCUCGCUUCCCAAAAGGCAGCUCUGGAGUCGGUUCAUCACUCUGCGUUGGAAACCCUGCGACAGCACGUGCUGGAUCUGGAGACGCAACACGGCUCCGCCCUCCAUGAGAUCACCGACAUGACCACCAAGGAGAAACAUCAGCUGCAGCAACAGCUGGAUGCACUGAAUACACAGCACCAGCAACAACUCCAGGACCUGAAGGCAGCGUCCGCCAGGGAGAUCGAGGCUCUGCACAAGAAGCUGGAGGAAGAGGCAUCACAGCAACGAGUCCAUUAUCUGGAAGAGGCGGCGCUUUUGAAAUCCCAAUCAGAGGAGCAGCUUCAGAAAAAGAUCGCACAGUUAAAGGAGGAAAGCGAGCAGGAGAAGGCCACCGCUCUGGACGAGCUGGAGAGAAGUCUGCGUGAGCAGCAUCAGCAGAAUGAGCUCGGCUACACGGACAAAAUGAACCAGCUCACUGCACAGCUCCAACAAUUAGACACUGUGGUCUCGCAGCUGCGUGCAGAGCUGAGCGGACUGCAGGGCGAGCUAGAGGGCAAGCGGGCCGAGAUGGAAACGCUGGAGACUCUGCUGCAGCGGCGCGAACGCGAGAGUCAGGAAGGAGCCAACCUCCUGAACAUGCUGCGUGAUGACCUCAACACCGCCACCCAGCAGAGACAAGACCUUCAGCUGGCCCAUGACCAACUUCAGCAGCUUGUCCUCGAGAUGCUUCGGAUUACGAUCGCGACAGAGGACGAGAUCAGGCGCAGGUUGGGGGUUUGCGUGGAAGCUGAUUGCAGCGCUCCAAACAAUGUGCCGAGUGACAACCAUGACAACCAAGAGACAGCCGACGUGGACAAUGGUGCUGUAGAGGGUGGUGUGAACUGCAGCAUGUUUUCAUCCGUGAUCGAUGAGGGUCUGGAGCUGUCUCAGAGACUGUGUGAGAGUUUGUUUUCAGGCCCUGACGGAGAGCUGGACUCCGAAAGAGAGGAGCAUGUGCUGGGGGCCUGCACUCGUCUCCGCGCUGCAGUGGACAAACUGCUAGAGAUUGUCUCUGACUCUACGGUACAGCUUGAGCAGCUGCGAGCUCUGCAGGCCAUGCUGGAUGAACAGUUUAGCGAGGGUGGAGAAGCGAAGAACGCUUUUCUGCAGCAGCACACUCAGCUUCUGGAGCAACUGGACCAGGAGGCGAGUGUGAAGAGUCAGCUGCAGCUAGAACUGCACAAGGCUGAAGGUCUGCUGGACGGUUAUGUGGCAGAGAAGGCCGUUCUGGAGGAGUCGCUGCAGCAGAAGGAGACGCGUGAGCAGAGGCUGGUCGAGGAGCUGGAGAGCACGCGGGCUCAACUGCACGAGCUCCGGGAAGAACACGCACUCCUGCAGCGGCAACGAGACGCAAUCUCUGCAGGCCUCGGAGAACCUGAGAAAGGCUGUCCUGCCGUGGGGAAAGAAAAAGCGCUGUUGGCUGAGGCCGAGCGGCUCGGGCAGGAGCGCGUGGACGUGCAGAGACAGGCGGAAAAGGAUCGUGUCGGGCUUGCGGGUCGGCUGCGCAUGCUAGAGCAGACGGUGGAGGAGCACGAAAACAAGGCGCAGCAGCUGGAGGAGCAGCACCGCACCCAAACCGAGGACCUGCAGCAGCACAUUGACGCUCUGGAGAAACAGCUCAAACACCACCGCCAGUUCAUAGACGAGCAAGCCGUAGAGCGAGAGCACGAGCGGGAUGAAUUCCAGCAGGAGAUUAAGAACCUGGAGUCGCAGCUGAGAAUGUCCUCUAAAGGACACACAGGAGGAGACACCAAGGGUCAAAGGAUUGAAGACUUGGUUUUACAGGUGGAAAGUCUUCAAGCUCUUAUUAAAGACAAAACCGAGGACUACAGCGUCCUGCUCUCGAUCAAGGAGCAGUGUCAGCGCGACCUGGAGGACCGCAAUGAAGAGAUCGAUAAGAUGGCGUCCCGAAUCCGGGAGCUGGAGCAGGCGCUUCUGAGCAGCGCCGAAUCGGGACGGGCGGUCACGCAGCUGGAACAGGAGCUGCAGAAAGCGCGCAAGAGCCUGCAGGAGCUCUCUCAGGAUAAAGAAGCCCUGCAGCAGCAGCUGUACUCUAAUAAACUUCAGAUCUCGGCUCUGCAGUCCAAACUGGAUGAGACGAGACAUCGCUGCCCCAACCCCGGUGCUGACCCCAGCCUUAAAGAACAGCUAGAGGUGCUCCAACAGGACCUCCAGAAGAAAGAGGAACAGUUGGAGGUGCUGCUGGAGCGAGUCGAAGUGCUGGAGAAAUCCCUAGCAGUAAAAGAGGAGGACAUUAGGCAGCUCUCGCUGCAGCUGGAACUCAAAACUAAUGAAAGCCGAGCCAGGGAGGAAGAGCUGCAGCUGCGUAUCGCCGAGCUGCAGGAGACCGUGAACACACUACGCAGACAGCAGCAGGAGAGAGGAGACUCCCUAGCGCUGCAUCUUCCUUCUGCUCUGCUGGAGGAGAAGAACCUGGAGAUCGACCACCUCAACCAGCAGGUUCUCCGUCUGCAGCAGGAGCUGGACUCUAUCAAAGAGAACAAGACCGCGCAGAAGAAACAAGCGGACGUCGAAGAUCUGCGUGCUCAGGUGGAGCGGCUGCGUGGAGACCAAGAGCGUCUGCGUCAAGAAAAGGAGGAGGAGGCGGAGCAGCUGCACGAGGUCAUCCACAAGCUGCAGGAUGAGAUCAGCCAGCUCGACCCCAACCGGCAUGAGGUCAGUGACCCCAAUACGGACAGCCCUGAGCCUACCGAUUUUGCCUGGUCCCCUCGACCGCAGCACGGUGCUGAGGAGAGCCUGUGCCACGAACUGAGCAACCAGACGCUUCAGAGCUGUCGGGCCAAACUCUCUCAGAUCCAGAUGGACCUAGAGCGCUCAGCGCUGGAGAAGGAGGCACUUCAGAAACUGCUCCUUACCCAGGAAGAGCAGUACGGACGGCAGGUGGAGGAGUUGGGCCGCAGCCUGGGUGAGGAACGAGGCAGGCUGGUGCUCCUGGAGCAAGAGGCUGGAGAGCUGAAGCUCCUUUUGGGCGAGAAGGAGGCCGAGGUGGAGGAUCUCCAAGAUCGCCUCCAGAAGCUUGAGAGCGGACAGAAGAACCUAAAAGACUUGGGACUCAAGCUGAAGAAGGCUGAAGAAAAGAGGAAGGAGGCGCUGCGGGAGGCGACCAGGUUGAGCGAGGAGGCGCAGAAGCACGCGGAAGAGCGAGAGAGGAUGGAGGGACGGAUCGUUGAGCUCCAGCAGAAGUCUGAGGACCGCGAGAAGGCUGCGUCACAGAUGCUCCUCAGGGUUACGGAAAUGCAGGAGGAGCUCCGGCAGCAGAAAUCCAACAUUGCGAUCUUGGAGACGGGCAAGAAAGAGCUGUAUAUGGAGAAACAGGCCCUUCAAAAGCGCGAAGGAAAACUCCAGGAGGAAAUCGAGAAGCUGAAACAGGAAGUGUCCACCAAGAGCAGUCAGAUACAGGAAAUAAACAUGCAGCUUGAGGAGAGGGUGGCUACACAAGAGGAGACGCAGAAAGAAGUUCUGACGUGUGCCGAGGAGACCCUGGCUAAAGCCGAGGCAGCUUUGAGAGAGAGGGAGGAGCAGCUAGUUCAUCUGAGGUUGCAGCACGAUGCGCUGAGAGCUGAGCUCGCUGCGGUGAAGGAGGGCCUGAGCAACAGUACGGAGAGAGCCGAGAAACUGCAGGAGGAGGGGCAGACCAAGGACCGUGCCCUGGCAGAUCUAGAGGAGCACAACCACCGUCUUCGGGCCGAGCUGCGUGGCUUGCAGGACGACUUGGAGGUGCAAGAAGAGGAGCUGGCCUACCAGCAGAGGGAGCUGGAGGAGCUGCGGGAGCGCUGUAACCAUCAGGAGCCCGCCGAGCUCCACGGCUCCAAGCCCGAACAUCGCUUCCUGGACGGUCUGUCCCACGCCUCCUCCCUUUCUUCUCCGGAGGUGCUGCGGCGGCUCGAGUGCAGCGAAGAGCGCCCGUCUCGCCUCCACGCCUCUCACCUGUCGGAGCUGAGCGGCCUGCGGAACACCAGCCUGGAGCUGACCAGCAAACACUCACCCAUGGAGAGAAACGAGCUGAAACAACAGCUCGCAAUGCUGCAGGAGACCGAUCCACCCAGCACACGCUCGCCCUCCGCUUCACCACGAUCGCUUUCCAUGUCCGAGAACCUGUCUGUGCUCGACUCGCUGGAUGCUGAAAAGGUUGAAGAACUGGAGAACCUUGAUGAUGUGACUCCAUCUCGCUCUCCCCUGUCUCCCACCUCGCCCGUGUCUGCACCAGAAUGGGCCAGCGAUGGCUACGGCAGCAAUGUAAGCUCGGAGCUGGAGGCCAAGCUGAAACAGGAGCUGGAGCACACCGAGCGGCUUGACGCUCACUUUGUGGAGUACCUGCGCAGCAGAGACAUGGCGCCCGCUUCACGGUCGGACAGCGCAGCAGGCAGCCUGCAGCACACCUACGAGCUGCUCUCACCCGAGCUACAGUCCAUGCUGAGCCGAGUAUACCGGGAGAGCUGCAGAGUGCUGUCUCUGUCCCAUCGUCCGCCUCCUACCGGACAACCUCAACCGGGAGACACAGAGGAGGCUCCGCCCCCAUCCUGGCAGAGAGAAAGGCGGGCCUUGCAGGAGACGGUGCUGUCACUCAGAGAGCUCCUGUGCAGGAUGGCUGAGCGUGAGCCAAAGGCGGGCGGUGAUGUAGACUGGCGGAGGGAGCUGCUGCAGGCCGUGCGGAGUGUGUUUGACAGCGAGAGGAAAUGGCUUCAUGCGCAACUACAGGACGUCAUGGCAACCAACACUGCCCUAGACUACACGUCCCUGCUGAAGCAUAUUGAGAUGCUGCUGCAGAAACAGGAGGAGCAGCAGAGGAGGACUCUGGAGCAGUUGCUAAGUGCAGACCGAAACAGUCUCCUGGCUGAAAUCCGUAGUCUGCACGAGCAGCUGCACGCCUGCACGCUACAGAGUCAGGAGCAGCUGCGAGAGCUGCAGAGCUCGCUCAGUGCUGUCCGUGAGAACAGCAUACAGAAGCAGCAGCAGCUGCACAAACAGGUUGGCGAGCUGGAGAGGCAGCUACAGCAGGAGCAAACAGCGUCUCAGGACCUGCGGAGUGUCCUACAGGAGGAACAGACCAGGUCGACAGGUCAGCGUCGCCAGCUCGAGGCCGAGCAAAAGCUGGUGGUAGAGAUGAAGAUGGAGCUGGAGGAGCGCGCUCAGCAGCUGCAUUCGUCCAGUAAAAUGCAAGAGGAGCUGCAGGCUCAGAUCCACAAGCUACGGCUGAAACUGGAGAGUGAAGAGCAGGAGCGUCAGGUUUGCAUGGAGGAGGUGGAGCGAGAGCGGACCAGGGUGACGCAGCUCCAGGAAGAACUCAAUCACGAGCGACUCAGCAGCAAGCAAGCACAGGAGGAACACGCACACGCCCAAGAGUCUCUGCGUACCUCCCUGAGCGAGCACGCAACCCGCCUGAAUGAGCUAAACUCCGCGCUGGAGCAGGAGCGCGUCGCCGUCAGUAACCUGCGUGCCGAGCUCCAGAUCGAACAAUCCCGCUGUGAAGCGCUGCUGGCCCAGGAGCGCGAGCGCACAGAGCUAGCCCUCUCGCGCCUGGAUGAGGAGCGCGCACGCGCCGCCGAACUCUCCCGCACACUCUCGCACCAGUCCCAGGAGCACGCACGCCGCCUGGAGGAGAAGCUUCGCUCCCAGGAAGCGUCGAGCGUCGACGACAGGAAGUUCAUCCAGGAGCUGAGGGCACAGCUGGAGCAGGAGCGACGCCAGGCCGAGGAGCUCGCCGCCACGGUGGGCCGUCUGCAGGCUCAGGUGCUUCAGGGAAAGCGCAGGCAGGAGGAAGCGGCGCAGCAGGACACUCAGAGGGGACAGGAGGAGGUGAAGAGGCUGCGCUCUGCUCUGGAGGCCCUGCAGGCCCAGCGGGCGGAGGUGGGCCGCACCCUGGAGACGGAGAGACACCGAGCAUCUCAGCUUCAGGCGGAACUGGAUGCCGUGAAGGAGAAGAUGAGAGAGGUGAAAGAAAAGGACAGAGUCAGGGAGAUGCAAAGGGAAAGGCAGAGGCGGCGCGAGCAACAGGAGCUGGAGGACAAGGAGCGGCGUCAGGAGCACACUAAAGAGAAACUGCUGGAACUGGAGACAUUGCGAGAACGAGAUCAGCAGCGUUUGAGACGGCUGCAGCAGACCCUGGCUGACCUGGAGCAGCAGGAGAAGCAGCUCACCUCAGAACGCCUGCAAAGGGACCUUCACACUACCAACAGCACCCACAUCACUCCCACACAGGAGUCUCCCUCUUCCUCCUCCUCCUCGCUGCUGGAUCGUGUAUUAAAGGAGAACUCUGAGCUGGCGGAGCGUCUCGCAGCUCUGAGCGAGGAGAGGAUCUCCCUUAAGCACACCAUGUCCUGUCUGGAGAGAGACCUGCAAAACCUCAAACGCACUGAACAGGAGAAGUCUUCAGUGCAGCUAGACCCGUCUGUGUUAUCAGAAAAACUGUUCUGGCAGAAGGAGAAGGCGGCCUUGCAGGCUGCUCUGCGCAAAGCCGAGGACGAGCUCGUGAAGGCCACGGCCAGGAACGAGAACCGACCAAUCGCUGACCUUUACAGCAACAACAAGGUCCAGAGACUGUAUGAAAAGUACCUGAGGGCGGAGAGCUACCGGAAAUCUCUGGUGUAUCAGAAGCGCUACUUGCUUCUGCUGCUUGGGGGCUUCCAGGACUGUGAGCAGGCCACGCUGGCCCUGAUAGCACGCAUGGGCGCUCAGCCGUCGUUCGUCGCACAAACCUCCCGACCAAUCAGCCGCUUCAGGAGCGCCUCCAGAGCCCUCAUUGCCAUCUUCAGGCUUAAGUUUCUGACCAGGAAGUGGCAGAGGGCUACGAGAAGAUGCUCCGUAUCAAGCGUGGUCACUAACAGUACAGUUAUUAGGUGCGAGGUUCUGAAGCCACAGCAGUCCGGAGGCGCGUUUAACUCCUCCCCUCCCACCCGUGACCACAUUCUCUCCCAGCGCACUGCGCUCUCUCCUCUGGUGCCGCCGGUUAAAUCUCCUUUCAGACUUCAUAAUGGAGGUUACUCCAGCAGCAUCCUGGCACCGUCGGAGCGCACUAACACCCCAUCACAGGAGCAGGAACGCUCUCUCACUGACUACAUCCAUCACCUGGAGAGCGUCCAGCAGCGCUUAGGAGCUGUUCGUCCAGUCCCCCGAGACGAGCGGAGACGGAGUCUCCCCGAUAUGAUGGGAUUUCGACAGAAAUGGUUGCAUGAGAAUAGAUCCUGGCUGUAUUUGCGUUGUUUGUCGCCAGGUUACAUGUGGCCUGUAGGUUCCCCUGCGACGUUUUCUUUUCCGAGGAAAACUGACAGAUGAAUGCAACAACACUGAGCCAGUGUUCUGUUACCGGAGUGUGUUAAAGCUACUUGAUCAUUUUAUUAUAAGUUAUUUUUUUUAUAUGCUUUUAUACUCCAACCUCAGAUUAACCAUAAAUGACCACCUGAAUGUGUUUUUUUUUUUUUUUUUUAAGUGACCUUUUUCUACAAUGUUUCUCACUCGGAUGGUCUGUAAAUCUGCUCACAGGUGUUUAGUUGUGUGUAGCUUCCGUUUGUUUAGAUUUUUUUGUUUUUGUUUUAAACAUUUGCACUGGAAUCUGUAUAGAACCACCAUUAUACUGCACAAGAACGUGUGAUCAUGUCUUUUGUUUUGUUUUUUAAAUAUUAGAUCUAUAGAUUUUAUAUUAUAUUACACUGAUUAAACUGUAGCUUUUCUAUGUUCAAUAAAUAUUUUAAUAUUUCAA